UUAACAGUUGCAUUAAAACAAAUCGAUAACGUGUUUCAAAAUUAAUUAGAACAUUACUAUUCUUAAAAAUGAAAACAUAUUGUGAUAAAGUUAUAGUGUUUAUGAUCGUAAAAGUUCUUACAAAUCACAUAGUUGCAAGUACCUGUGAAUAUCCUUCGUGUAAAGACGGUUCCCCACAUUCAAUUUGUAUAUAUCCCAAAACCUUGGACAGAAGUGCACCGAAAUGUUCGUCAGAAGAAGCGAGAGGAGGAUUAAAAGAUGAAUACGUGCAAGCUAUUCUACACGCUCACAACGAAUUGCGACAAAAGGUCGCCCAGGGUAAACAGCCAGGGCAACCAGGCGCUGCUAAUAUGAUGAAACUCAAAUGGGACUCCGAGUUGGCAGAAAUUGCUCAGGCAUUCGCUAAUUCUUGUGAACGAGAUGGUUUGGCCCACGAUAAGUGUAGAAACUUAAAGGACGGAACUGAAGUAGGUCAGAAUAGCGGGAACGACACUUUUGUUCUAAGAGAUGGAGCAAACAGAACUGAUCUCUUCUACAGAAUGGUGCAGUUGUGGUACGACGAGGUGUCAUUGUUUGAUUCAAGAUUCGUCGACAAAUACACGUUCAGCAACGAAACUGGACAUUAUACCCAAGUCGUUUGGGCAGACACUGAUCGAAUAGGCUGUGGGUACAUAGAACAGGACAAAACUAUGUUUUUUACCUAUGUUUAUGAGUUUUACCAGCCGGUACGUAUGAAGUGCAACUAUGCAGUUUCUGGGAACUGGGUUGGCAUGCCUGUUUAUAAAGUUGGUGAACCCUGCAGCAAGUGUCCAACAGGGACUCACUGCAGUGAAAAGUAUCCUGGACUUUGUACUGGGGAAUUGGAUGAAAAAAGUUCAUCUUCUAUUUUAAGAAGCCACUCGUUACAAAACGCUGGUCUUGAAGUGAUAGUUUUGGUAUCAAUUUACUACUAUGUGUGAUUUACUACAACUUUUUAAAAACAAUUUGUAGUAAAUAAAACUUAACUUAACUUAUUGUUUGUUACAGAUGUAUAUCAAUAUCCUACACUACAUC